AUGGGGUUCGGCAGGUUUUACAUAGCAGAGUCAUUGCUAGCUAUUGAAUACGUACACAUGCUGGGGAUUGUGUACCGUGAUCUUAAGCCUGAAAACGUUCUAGUUCGAGAAGACGGACAUAUAAUGCUCUCUGACUUUGACCUCUCACUCCGAUGUCUUGUCAGCCCAACACUAGUGAAAUCUGCUGCCAUUGAGUCCGAUCCGUUACGCAAAAACGUUUACUGCAUUGAGCCCUCUUGCAUCCAACCGUCUUGCACCGUCACCACCACUUGCUUCUCUCCACGUCUGUUCUCAAGCAAGUCUAAAAAGGAACGUAAAUCCAAGAAUGACACAGCAAAUCAAGUUAGGCCAUGGCCAGAGCUGGUAGCCGAGCCAACGGAUGCGCGGUCCAUGUCGUUCGUGGGCACGCACGAGCACUUGGCCCCGGAGAUUAUCAAAGGAGAAGGGCAUGGGAGUGCAGUGGAUUGGUGGACUUUUGGAAUAUUCCUCUACGAGCUUCUCUUUGGGAGAACGCCUUUCAAAGGCUCAGGAAACAGACAGACACUGUUCAAUUUGGUGGGUCAGCCUCUACGGUUCCCGGAAACACCCGCGGUGAGCUUUGCAGCGAGAGACCUCAUCAAAGGCCUGCUCAUGAAGGAGCCCCAGCAGCGUCUGGGGUUCAAAAGAGGAGCCACUGAGGUUAAGCAGCACCCAUUCUUCGAAGGUGUGAACUGGGCUUUGAUUCGUUGUGCCACUCCACCAGAGAUCCCAAAGCCAGUUGAGCUGGAGAGUGGACCUGUUAAUGUUGCAGAGGCACCAUCUAGCCAGAAGACAGCAGCAGGUUUGGUUCUGAAUGCUGAGAAAGGCUCUGAUAACUAUUUGGAAUUUGAUUUCUUCUAG